AUGGCCAACAGUGUAGGUCUCCGAUCAGUUGGUUUGAUUCGGCAGAGAUGGACUCUUUGGAUACAGAUUUUGCUUAGAGAUGCUAUGGAGCAGGUUUGUAUGAUUCAGGAUAGACUGUCGACAGCCCAAAGUCGACAGAAGAGUUAUGCAAACCGAAGAAUUCGAGCCCUAGUGUUUAUGGAGGAUAAUCAUGUUUGGCUCCGAGUAUUACCCUUGAAGGGUGUGAUGAGGUUCGGGAAGAAAGUGGAUAUGGGUCUAGACUUUACAUUCGAGGAUGAGCCUAUAGCUUUAUUGGAUAGGCAGGUUCGAAAGCUUAGAACCAAAGAGACUGUUACAGAGGGAAGUGAAAUAGGAAACUUUAAUAGCGCAAGCAGUGGGAAGAGUAUUUUUGCUGCCAUGGUAUCAAUGGAGAAGAACCUUCUCCACCGAAAACAAUCACUUUACCAAUCUUUGGAUGAGAAUUUUGGGAUUCAGAAGGAGGUUUACAGGGGUCAACAAUACAGCCAAAUAUAUUUUGCUAGGCUCCAUUUGAUGCGAACUCUCCUUUACUCUCUCAUUCCCAAUUGGAAACCCCAUUUACCUGUCUGUACUGUUCUGGGAUUAGAGGAAGGCAAAGAUUGCAUUAUAGUUGGGACACUCUACAAGCACAUGAAGCUUAAACCUUCUAUUCUGGAUGAGUACUCUAAGGAGAGAUCUGUUUCACCGCUUGUACAACGUCAUAACUUUAUGCACCUAGAUGAUAAUUUAGUUCUGGAAGAUGAGAGCGGAAGAGUCAAACUAAGUGGUUGUUUGCUGCCGUCUACAUAUGUAACAGGAAAUAUUAUUGCAUUGCAUGGAAAAGAAACUAGUGCUGGUGAAUUUUUGGUUGAAGAUGUUCUAGAGGCUGGCCUACCACAACAAAUAGAGCGGCCAAUUCAACUAGGUGAAGAUAAAUAUGUGGUUUUCAUCUCUGGUUUGAGUGUUGGGAGAAGCUCUUCUAAUCCUCUCCAAUUUCAACUUUUAGUUGAUCACAUUACUGGACAUUUAGGAGAUGAGAAGGAACAAACUAUUGCAGCUCAAAUAGUUCAAGUUGUUAUUGCUGGAAACUCUGUUGAAGUUCCUCAUGGACUUCUCAAUGGACAGAAUUUGGGGUCAAAGGACCAGUCCAGAUUGUUUGAGCCAAUUAAAGAGCUUGAUAUUUUGUUAACUCAGAUUGCAGCAAGUAUACCUUUGGAUAUCAUGCCAGGGUCCAGUGAUCCAGCAAAUUUCUCCCUGCCACAGCAGCCUCUCCACAGAUGUCUUUUCCCUGGAUCAUCAGCUUAUAACACUUUCAGAUCUUGCACGAAUCCACAUUGUUUUGAACUUGACAACAUCAGGUUCCUAGGUACAUCUGGUCAAAAUAUUGAUGAUCUUGGCAAGUAUUCGGAGGCAAACAACAAUAUUGACUUUAUGGAGAGAACAUUGAGGUGGAGACACCUAGCACCAACAGCACCAAAUACCCUUGGUUGCUAUCCCUUCACUGAUAGGGAUCCUUUCUAUGUCGAAACAUGUCCUCAUGUUUAUUUUGUUGGCAAUCAGGAUAAAUAUGAAUCUCGCUUGAUAAAAGGAUCAGAAGGGCAGAUGGUAAUGCUUAUUUGCAUUCCUAGAUUUGCAGAGACUGGAGUUGCAGUGGUGUUGAAUAUCAGAAACCUUGAGUGCCAUAUGCUCAGCUUUGCCACUCAAAUCCACUCAUAAUAGCAAGGUAC